CUUGUCCUCAGAUACCCUGACCUCCAGCGGAACCCUGGACCCCUGGUGGAACGCGUGUCAGUCUAUGGCCACGCCCAUCUGCUUCUCCACGCCUUCUCUUUUGGCUUUGGGACCACCUCCUGCUUCAAGGUGUACCACGCCCUUCGUAAGGCCCGCCCCCAACAGGAAGUGGAGUUCUUUCACCCAGUCUACCUGCUUGAGCUGGACAGGUUCUGGCGUCGCCGCGGGCAACGAGCCCCACGGCUCUCUUCUGGUAUGAUGCUGGCCAACACUGCUCUGGAGAUUUGUGAACAGGUUCAUCUGUACGGCUUCUGGCCCUUCCGUCUGGAUCUAUCCCAAAAUACUUUGCCCCAUCAUUACUAUGACAACGUUGGUCCAAGUCACUUCAUGCACACCAUGCCUAAAGAGUUCCUGCUAUUACUACAACUCCACAGCCAGGGGGCGCUACAGCUACAUGUUGGACCCUGUACACCCUAACAAGCGGA